CCAAGACGGAGGUGAGCGUGAUGAUUGUGUGGUAGUGAAGGAAUGCCUCAAGUGUUCUCGUGUUCCACCCAGGCCCGGACAGACAGAGCACGGGCACGGGGCACUGGCGUACGGCGGGAAGCAGGCGGGCGUGGCGCCGGCGCGACCCGCCGCGCCCUACGCGCCGCCCUACCCGCCCGCUCAGCUAAGGGUGCACCAGCCCGGAUAUGGAUCCGCCGCUCUAUCAUACAGAGACAGUUACAGCCGCGGCGGCGGCGGCGCGGUGGGAGAGUACCGCGCGGGCGCGCGCAUGUCGCUCCUGGGGUCUGCGUACCUGCCGCCGCCCGCGCCCGCACACCAUCCGGACCCGCCGCCCUUCAAGAAGAUCAGGCUGUCGGCUGAGCGACCCGCCACGCACCAGCCGCUCCGGGUCGACACCAGGGAGCCAGUAAUGAACACGUACAACAACAGCGUGGAGGUGCUGUCUCCCAACCCUCCCUCUGAGCCUACGGUCGAAGACCAGAGCUUCCGCACCACCAAGGAUGACCUACUGCAACAAAUAUCGAAGGUGGACAGGGAGAUGGCUCUGUCGGAGCAGACGCUGUUGAAACUGAAGAAGAAGCAGGAGGAACUGGAACAGAGCGCCAGCAAACCAGCUCGCGCUGAGGAGCCGGAAGAGGCGCCUCCUCGACACAGGAGCCUGGCACAGUGCAUAUACGCUGAUAACAGGAAGAGGGCUGCAUCAGCGCACGCUGUGCUCUCUCACCUGGGUCCGUCCGUGAGUUACCCGCUGUACAACCAGCCUCAAGACACACAGGUCUAUCACGACAAUAUAAGAAGACACAGAUCCUUCAGGAAACGACUCGCUGAUCAUCUCAGGAAGAUCAGGCUCGAGACAGAGAAGCGUGAAGAUGCCCUCACAGAAGAAUACAGUCGACGAGCUGCAGACUGGCUGAGGAGAGUGGAACGUUUGGAGAUGGGACAGAAGAGAAAGGCCAAAGACGCCAGGAAUAGAGAAUUCUUUGAAAAGGUAUUUCCGGAGCUCCGUAAACAGCGUGAAGAACGUGAGAGAUUCAAUAGGCUCGGGGCCCGAGUGAAGUCUGAAGCAGAAUUGGAGGAGAUAGCUGACGGGCUCCAUGAACAAGAACACGAAGACAAGAAGAUGCGCUCCCUGACGGUGGUACCGCCGCUGUUGAGAACACGCGACCAACAUCACCACCACCACCACCAUCUUGACACCAACAAGCGCUGUAUGGACAUGGAGGCUGAGCAUAAAGGUCUCCAGCUACGAAAUGUAUGGACUCCGGCUGAGAGAGAACUGUUCCGGGAGAAGUACCUGCAGCAUCCCAAGAACUUUGGACAAAUAGCAUCCUUCCUGCCAAGGAAGAGCGUUCGUGAUUGUGUCAGGUUCUACUACUUGUCAAAGAAGGCCGAAAACUACAAACAGUUACUCCGCAAGCCUCGUCCUCGUCGUCACGCCCGCCCGAGGCCAGCUCCGGAGCCCGAGCUGCCGGCUGGUGUCACUACACGCUUACAGCGAAGUCAAGGAUCUCGUGGCGCUGAGAAGGAGUCUUGCCUGGAGGAGAUGGCUGAGCCCGUGAACUGCAUCCCGGUGCCGCCCGCCGCCCCAGCGACCGCCAGGGCUGAGAUGGCGCGGACCCCUCCCCUGCCGCCGUCCCCUCCUCCCGCGUCGUCCGCUCCCCCAGCUCCGGUCACCAGCAACACGAGCAGCACGAGCCCCUCGAACGUGUCCUGCCCCAGUUUGGUGAGCUCCAGCUCGAGCUCGUGCAUCACCAGCUCGAGCACCAUCACCGUGACCAGCCCGCAGAGCACCGGCGGUGUGAGCGUGUCGACGGUCAGCGUGUCGAGCACCGUGACAAUGGCGAGCAGCGUGUCCGCCAGCGGGACGCCCAGCCCGCCCGGACAGCCGGCCACGGAGACGCAGCCCGCCCAGCCAGCACAGCCCGCGCACCAUGAACUACCGACCACCACCGUCACCACCACCACCACUACAGUCAUUACUACGACGGCUGUGUCGAGCGGCGCCUCCGUCAGCUGCGCCACGGGUGUGAUGGUGAGCGGAGUGACCCUCACCGUGGUCAGUGGACCACCAGGAGGAGGCGCGCCCACCACACAGACGACCUCCACGGACACGGACACAGCCACAGACACAGGCAUGUAUACUAGAAUACGAUUAGCAUAA